AUGCCUGACGAGUCGAAGGGGACGAGCUUCCCUGAUGUCUCGGCGAAACUCUCCGCACUUCCAAAGAAAUCACUUUUUGAACGUCAAAAAGCUGAGGCGGAGGCCAAACGCGCCCGGGAAAAAGCGGAGACAGCUGCAGUCUAUGAAGAAUUUGUCAAAUCUUUCGAAGACGAGGAUUUGGUUGUACCGCAGUCAUUGGAUGGAGCAUUCAGACGCAAGGAUCCUCCCAGGCGUCAUUUCGCAGCUUCCUCUUCGCGCGGCAGGGUCCAGGGAACAUUCCCCCCACACAGAAGUACUCCCUCCCAUCGCGACCUGCUUACUCCAUCUGAAGCCGACAGAGCACUUAGCGAGGAGGAAAGAGCAGCUCCCAAGCCGACGUUGCACCUUACGAUCAUCCCCCCACCCGGACAGACUACCCACCGGGCGUCCUGUUCUGCACUCAUCACCCUCGCAAGCGACUCGGCCACCUCUGAUAUUGACAAAGCUGUCAACAUGUUACAGAACGAAUACCUUGGCCGGGGGUACUACCUGUCCCUCUGUCGAUACCUUUCUUCUACUGCAAUCAACCCAGACGCGCCUUUGCCCACCGGCAUCUCGUCGACUCCUACUUCUCUUCCGUUUGGCGCCGAGAAUAUUCCACCGAGUUCCGGCACAAGCUUGAAUCGGGCUCCACCACCUGGGCCACAUCGCGGGCGAUUCGCACCCCCAAGCUCGUAUGGACCAAACGUCCGUCGAAAUGGCCCAACUACUCAGGUGCAGGUGAAGUUACCGACAGACCUCAGAGUAUUAAUCCAGAUACACAAAACCAUCAACCAACUCGUGAAAGAAGGUCCUGGAUUUGAGGCACUGUUAAUGAGUCGGCCAGAAGUCCAGACGGACGAAAAGUGGGCCUGGUUGUUCGAUGCAAGGUCGCCUGGUGGUGUAUACUACCGGUGGAAAUUGUGGCAGGUAAUCACAGACCCCGAGACAAAGAACAUUGAUAAGCCGGCUUUGAUCUUUGAGGAUGAUUCUAUCUGGUUACCCCCCAAGCAGCAUCUCAAGUUUGAGAACGUUACUCGCCUGGACCAACUUGUGACACACCCCGACUACAACUCAUCUGACGAAGAACAUUCGGAUGGAGAAUAUGAAGGACGGAACUUUGGGGACGGAACUCACUUCUUGAACCCCUUGAAGAUGGCCAAACUUACUCAUUUCUUUGCACGACUUCCGACGACCAAUACAAAGCUCCGACGAGGAGAUGUUGCGCGAGUCUCAGCAUUCGCCAUGGAACACGCGACAAUCGGGGCAUCCGAGGUUGUCGAUAUGGCUAUUCGAAACGUUUUCCGGCCAUUCGCUUACACCGGAGCCAACCCAGGCUGGUUGAAAAGUGUUGCUAGACUUGCGGUGGACAAUACAACCCCAUCCGAUGAAUUAUUGGAUAUGUCUUCCGCGAAGCUGGUUGGCCUCUACAUCAUCUCUGAUAUUAUUUUGUCGUCGACAGGCAGUGGCGUCCACCAUGCAUGGCGAUACCGCCAGCUGUUCGAAAACGCUCUUCGCUCGCGCAAGGUGUUUGAGCACCUCGGUCGAGUGGGUAAGGACAUGAAAUGGGGACGACUGAAAGCAGAGAAGUGGAAGCGCAGCGUUGGCUCCGUUUUACAGUUGUGGGAAGGAUACAAUUGUUUCACGCUAUCGAACCAGGAGCAUUUCUCCAAUAUCUUUGAAAAUCCACCACCUACCGAGGCAGAAUUACAGAAGCAGAAGGAGACGGAGAAGCUUCACGCAGAUCAGGCUGCUGCUGCAUUUGCCAAAAGCAAGAGUCGAUGGAAGACAGUUGAUGAUGAGCGGGGUGGAAAGUUCGACCCUACUCUACCUGCGAAUGAGAACAAUCUGUCUACCUCUACCAGCGCAGUGGACGAAUCGGUGCAUGGAAUGGAUGGAACUCCAAUGGAAGUUCGUCACUUGAAGAACAUUGAUGGACAAUUCAUGCUUAAGGCUCCGCCAUCAGGCGAUGAAGAUACCCAACCCGAGAUACCCCAGCAGCUACCCCAGCACCCAAUUCAAUCUGACAAAUCCGAACAAUCAGCUGGGCAGCAGGAGCCAGAAACACGACGACGAAAGCCACGACCCAAAGCUGAAGACAUGUUUGCCUCGGAUUCGGAGUAA